AAUAUAGCAUGUAUCAUCUCCUGGUGUACCGCGUGCAGUUCAUUUCCUGUUGCCUUAUCAGGUCAUGGUCACGAUGCGAAGCACAUGCCACAAGAGAAUCCACCGUCAAGGCAACCAGCCAUCGUUCAGGCCACCAACAGAGCCGUCUCAUGGUUGCAUUGAGCCACCGCCAUGAAAAAGCCCCGCCUGUAGUCUUCAAGGCGUUCCAGGCGACGCUGACCAACAUCCGGAAGCUCUCCCUCCACAGCGCCCGCACCUUUGUGAGCGAGGACGCGAACGCGACGGCGGUGUGGGCAUCAGUCACGUCGACGUCGCAGCGCAUCCUGGACACGCUAUCGUUCUCGGAAGAGGUCACCGACGGCGAGGGCAGUUUGACGAUUGCCUCGAAUCUCGACUUUGACGACGGCGGCGAUGACGUUGACUACGACGAGAUGGAGUUCCUCAUCGACGUGUUCGUCCCGACCCAAACGAUUCGAUCGGUGGCGUUUGGUGGAAGCGACACCUUAACCGUGAAUCCCCGUGUUCUCGCCAACGCGACGGACGCCCAUGUUAUCGUGACGGCCCUCAGCGACGGCGACAUGUUCCUUCAGGACUCGGACCUGGCCGUCUCCUCGGUCUCGUUGGUGGCCGUCGGGUCUGGAGAUAUUCAGUGGGUUGUUCCGGCGCUGGCGAUCGCGACCUCGCUCAACGUGCAAACCACAAGCGCCGGCGACGUCACGCUCGUCGCGGAGACAUCCCUCUCGGCCAACUCGGUCGAGGUCAACGUGCUCGGGUCAGGAGACAUCUCGCUAUCGUCGGCCAACUUGACGGUGCCUCAGGACAUCACGACCAAUGUUCUAGGGUCGGGUGGCGUGGUGUACCAAUCGCACGGCGCAUGCGGCCACCACAAGUUGUCGGUUCUCGGCUCGGGGCAUGCUGACACAAGCGCUAUCGCGUGCGAAACGACCAAAGUGUUGGCCGUGUCGAGUGGAGAUAUCUACGUGACUGCGACAAAGGAGCUGGUGGUGUCACGGCUCGGGACCGCGUCAGUGUACGUCUCGAGGCCCGAGCCUCCCAUCGCGUCGGGGGAUUUCAAGCUCGUCGACGCUGCGGCGCACCACAAGACCAGGACAUCAACAGAGGACAUUCCACGUCAUGAAGUGGGCAUUGGCGAUAUCUCGCGCCACUCUCGAAGCGAUCACGUCGGCCUUGUGGUGAUUUUGUUGCUCGUGGUUGUGAUUGUGCAGUGUUGCAAGCGAUGCUGCUGCAAGCGUAAAGCCAACAAAUCCGCGGCUACGAUCGCGUUGCAGCCUCAGCACCAACCUGUGUAUUACCACGGAGGCCAAGACAACGCCAGCCAUUUCUACCCUUCAACUGGUGCUCCCGCCGGCCCAACUCAGCCACCUCCGCAACCCCCAACUGCACCGUACGCUUAUUAUGCGGGUCAGCACCAACCAUCGGCGUCGUACUCGGGGACGUCCAGCUACACGCCCCUGACGCAGUCUCUGAGCAGUGCUCCGUACCAACAGCUAGCGACGAAUUCGCACGCACAACCUUCGAUGAACGACCAGGGCAUUCUAGGUCGGUCGGCUCCGACCUACCCAGUCGCGAACCCAGCGUUCGCUCUAGGGCCGCAGCAGGGUCAACCCACUGCCCCUGCAUAUCCCACAAAGUUUUAGCGUACAGGCAGUUGCUUUUGCAAUCAAUUGGUGCUGGGUCACGAUGCCAUUCCAUUGUUGUCGUGUGCUCGAGGUCGAGGCAGUGACCACUGCAUCACACUGGGGGCAAGGGCUGCACAGAGAGACCGUCGAAAG